AUGCGACGCCUCAUCGGCCUCCUUCUCGCCUGCGCCGUCCCGAUCGCCGGGCGCUUCAUGCCAACGGCGUCGCCCAUGUACGUCGUGCGCAAGCCGCUGCAGUUCAUGCCGCACACGGCCGCGUCCUCGUGUGCCUUGGUGAACCGCUGCGACCAGUACCGCUUCAUGCCCCGCCAUACAACCAAGAUCCAGCCACGCCCGACGACGCAGCUGCCGACGGUGGCACCGACAACAGCGCUACCUCUCGUGACACCGCGCCACGCCCAAUGCAACGACAACCGAGCCAAGUCGGUCGCCGUUGACCGACCUCCCUGCCCCGUCCAGUGGGCCCGCCACAACGGCGCCGCCGCCGCCAAGUGCGACGCCGUCUCCAACGCCGUUGUACGAGAAUCGUACGCCGAGCCCGCGUCCGCGUCGACGUCGAGUCCCUACGACGGUGCCAACGACCGUCCCAGCAGUGGUCAGUCGUCGUCGGGUCCCCUACCCAUGCAGCAUGACUCGUCCUUGUCGUCGGGCGCGAUCGCCGGGAUUGCAGUCGGCGCCGCCGUCUGCGUCAUUGGCGCGGCGGCGCUGCUCGUCGUCUGGAAGAAGAAGCGAGUGAACGCAGCCAAGCACCAGCAAAUCAUCGAGGACCACACGACCGGCAGCGGCCAGUACUUUGCUCUCUUGUAG